AUGGCAUCACCAACGACAGCGCUGACCCGCGGCCUCCGCCUCUCGUACCUGCGCCACUUUAUCAACAGCCACGGCGGCGAGGCCCGCUUUGCCGGCAUGACGACAGCCCAAGUCUGCUUUGAGUUUGUCGUGCCGCUCACGGUGGCGUCGCAGCUCUCGCUCGUCGACCACGUCGCCAACGAUCCAGCGACCGCCGAUUACGUCGCGCCAGCCAACUGGUACGUCUCGCACGCCUGGCAGUACCUCUUCUUGGAGACCGUCGACAGCCUCGAGCGCUUCUUCGCCGACCGCGGUCUCUCGGACGACGCGGUCCUGUGGUUUUGUGUCUUCAACAACAACCAACACCUCGCUGCGACGCAGUCGUUUGCGAGCUGGUCUUCAACCUUCAAGAACGGUCUCGCAGCCAUCGGCAACGUGGUCAUGAUCAUGCACCCGUGGAACGACCCGAUCGUGCUUCGGCGAAGCUGGUGCGUCUUUGAGGUCUACGUGGCUGUGACGCUGGGCGCGCGCUUUGAGAUUGCACUUGCGCAGGAUCAAGAAGCCACGUUUCUCGACGACAUCGCAGACGAUGGCGCCUUUUACAGGAUGCUCUCGACGAUCAAGAGCGAGGACUCGGAGACAACGGUGCCCAGUGACCGCGACGGUAUUUUCGAUUUGAUUCGCGCCGAGACAUCGUUUGCAGCCGUCGACCGGCUCAUCUUUUCGACGUUGUCCAACUGGAUCAAGACGACGCUCGAGGCUUCCAUCGCGUCGACGCCGUCGCUCGUCAAGAAGGCAGCGCGAUGGCUCCACCUCGGCGGUAUCCACAUGAGUGAGACCAACCCGGCCGAGAGCGAGCGCUGCUUCCAUCACGCCAUCGACUUGUUCACGCAAGCCAUCGGCUCUGGGCGCGGCGAUGGCUUCGCAGCGCAAACCACGGAGCGAGUGGGCGCCGUGCUUUGAGGCGACACUAUCGGCGCAAGCCCGUUUUUUUGGCCCGGCGCAUGCGACCACGCUUCAAACCCGACUGCGCUUUGCGACGGCACUGGCCGUCAACAACGACCCGAGCGGGUCCUUGGCCGUGAAUUUGGAGACGCUGGACCUCGAGCGCGAUGCGUACGGCCUCAACGACAAGCGCACGGCGGGCACGCUGCGCUCGAUUGGC